UCUUCUCACUUCUCUAACGUUUGAUUUUACAUGUCAAUUACAUACGAUAAUACCCUCGAAAAUCCCCAGACAAUAAACCAUAUAACGAAUUCCUCCGCCAAUUAAAAAAAAAAAAUUAAGAAAACCCCACUUGAUUCUGUGCGUUGCGUUGAAUUAUCGUCAAACCCAUUUCAAGAUUCUUGACCGGGAUCCAAUCUCUGUUAAUGGGUUGUUCUAUUCUAGCUUAGUUGAAGUCAAAGCUCGCAGCUUUUUCUGUAUUUCUUUGUCCGAAAAUGAGGGUUUGAAAAAAUACAACAAAGGUUUGAUUGGAUUGAGGUUUCGUAAUUUCACAAUGUUGCCCGUUUCUUCAGCAAGCACCAGCUGCUCCUGCCAUUCACAGGUUCCUAUCCAUGGAGGGUUGAAGUCUUUAUCCUCGUAUUGGAAAUCAUUCGAUUCGAACUGCAACAUUGUGGGAAAAUCGUCGAAAAAAUUCUUGAAUUUUACGAAGAAACGGCCCGUCAAAUGUCUGUACUCCUCUAGCAAUUUUGGGGCGAGCGACGUUAUUUUUGUGGAGGGCGGCCCCACUAAGACGGGUGUGGACGAUUUAAUAAGCAACGGUUUACCGGCCGAUACCCCUCUAGCAAUAGAUCCGUUAGAUAUUGAUUUGAAUUCAAUAUCCGGUGAAGAAAAGAAUCUAUUCGAUAUUUCCGAUGAAAUAAACAGCUCUAUCGUUGACACGAUUAAUGGAGGCGAAGAUGUCUUGAAAAAAUCGUUCGAUACAAUCACCUCGUCCUUGAAGGCAGCUCUUUCGAAAAAUGCAGCCGAAGUUGAUAAAAUCGUAAAUGAGAUUACAUCACUUGUAGAUAAAUCUCGAGAAUCGGCGGGUAGUAAGUUGACCGGAUUUUCGGGUGAGUUGAAGGAAGGGUCGGGUAAAGUAGGGUUUGUUGCACUUGAUGUAUUAAGACGAGCGAUUGUAUUAUUCGAGAAUUUCUUAAUAAUGGGGACGAAAAAUAUCGGAAAUGCUUAUGAAUCUGUUAAGGUAAUUCUCCCUCGAGAAUUUCAAGAUUCGCUUGCUUCGUCUGAAGGACAUUUCGGAGAUGUAUUGAGGCCUGUCGGGACAGCUUUUCAACAGGUCUACAUUGUUCUGGUCGGAUUCGAAGAAAGUCUCGGAUUGGACCCUAACGACCCGCUUAUUCCGUUUGUUCUUUUCGUUGGAGUGUCGGCUACUUUGUGGGGUUCUUAUAGGGUGUUGAAAUACAGUGGAUAUUCCGGAGAUUUAUCUCCACAGUCAACUAUGGAGCUCUUACGAGGAAACGAGAGUGUCGUACUUAUCGAUAUUCGGCCUGAGAAUCUGAGGGGUAAAGAUGGUAUUCCCGAUCUCCGAAGGAGUGCACGGUCUCGAUAUGCCAGUGUAACACUACCUGAGGUUGACGGCUCCGUGAAGAAGCUACUGAAGGGAGGACGAGACAUCGAGGACUCGUUGCUUGCUACCGUUAUUCGCGACCUUAAAAUUGUUGAAGACAGGUCCAAGGUUUUAGUUAUGGAUGCCGACGGAACUCGUUCCAAGGGAGUCGCCAGAUCACUCAGGAAACUCGGAACUAAGAGACCAUAUCAAGUCGAAGGCGGUUUUCGAUCUUGGUUGAAAGAAGGAAUGCGUGUUAAAGAGCUAAAACCCGAGACAACGCUUACGAUUCUCAAUGAGGAAGCUGAAGCAAUCUUGGAGGAAAUCAAACCAACCCCACUAAAAGUUGUUGGAUUUGGAGUGGGUGUUCUUGCAGCAGCUUAUUCUCUAUUAGAUUGGGAAAGGACGUUGCAAUUCAUCGGUGUUAUCGGUCUUGGCCAGACUAUAUUUCGACGAGUCGCUUCUUACCAGGGUGCAGAUGAUUUCAAUCAGGAUGUUAGGGUAUUGCUAGCUCCAGUGAAAUUAGGAGGUGAAGCAAUUUCGUGGGCAGCGGGAAAAUUAGAGACGAACAGAAACGGGCUGCCAACUGCUCCUUCAUCGGUUGAUGUUCAAAGUAGGGUAUUGCAAGCUGCUGCUAAGCAUGAAUCUCAACCGUCCGAUGCUUCUGAUCAAACUCAACAAGAUGAAGUCAAUAUUUCCGAGGCGUAGAAUGUUUUUUCAAGAUUCGCGUUUUUCAGGUUUCUCCUCGUUGAAAAAGUUCGAUUGUUUUGUAGCUGGACAAUUCUUGUAUUGCGAGGCUAAGUUUAAUAUUUAAACAUUUACUCCAUUCCUAGAAAAUUGCCUUGCACAUAUAUAUGUGUGUGUGUGUGUUUUGAGACAAAUAAGGUGGUGUGAUUAUAUGUAUGUAUGUAUGUAUUCAAUAAUGACAUGGAAUCUAUAAAACAUUUUGUUAUUACAUUUUCAUUUAGGAA